GGCCGCGUCCCUAAACCCCUCUCCUAAACCUGCCCCGCCCGCCGCCCCUCCCCUCCCCUCCCUUCCCCGGCUCUCCCCCGGUCCCCAGCCCGGCAGCCGCCGCCCUGCUCGCAGCGCGCCUGCGCAGUGCGGUCUGCGCGGCCGGCGGCUCCACCCGCCGCCCCGUGCGGCUGCGGCCCAGGCUGCCGCGUGCCGUCGAGCGCUGGCCCGCUGCGGCGCUUCCCACCGGCCAGCGGCCACUGCAGCAGGCUGCAGCCCUCAGCCGACCGCCCGACUGGCCGAGUCCCCGACGCCGACGGCCACCAGUUGCAGCAGGUCUACCCUAGUUCAAACUCCUGUGUACGCCAUUGGCCAUGUCGGUGCCCCCGCCGGACGACGCGGCCAAAAAGGAGCUGCCGCCACCGUCCUAUCGCUCUCUGGCCGCCCCGGUCGCCACCCCCGUCGAUAAGUUUGCGCUCCUCCCAGCAUUCCUCAAGGUCCGUGGGCUAGUUAAGGAGCACAUCGACUCCUUCAACUACUUCAUCACCAGGGGAAUCAGGAACAUUGUUGAGGCAAACAAUCGAAUUGAGGCGCGCAAUGACCCAAACAUUUACCUUAAGUACACCAAUGUCUAUGUUGGCAAGCCCUCAGUUCAAGUGGAUUACAAAAUCGAAGAGAUCACACCCCACUUUUGCCGCCUUACGGACCGCACUUAUUCUGCUCCUAUAAGAGUUGAUAUUUCAUAUACCGUCGGGAAGCAGCAUGAACUGCAGCAUAAGAAAAACGUUCUCAUUGGCUACAUGCCCAUUAUGCUUAGAAGUUAUAAAUGUGUUCUGCAUGGAACGGAUGAAGCUGAACUAGCAAGACUCGGUGAGUGCCCUCUUGAUCCUGGUGGCUACUUCAUUGUCAAAGGAACUGAGAAGGUCAUUUUAAUACAAGAACAGCUAUCGAAGAAUCGUAUUAUUAUCGACACCGAUAGUAAAGGAAGGGUGAUUGCAUCUGUUACCAGCAGCACACAUGAAAUUAAAAGCAAGACGGUGAUUACUAUGGAUAAGGAGAAGAUCUAUCUACAGCUGAAUCAAUUCACGAAACCGAUUCCAAUAAUAGUGGUCAUGAAAGCUAUGGGAAUGGAAAGUGAUCAAGAGGUUGUACAAAUGGUUGGAAGAGAUCCAAGAUACGGAGACCUCUUAUUCCCAUCUAUUCAGGAAUGUGCCUCAGAGAGAAUAUAUACACAACAGCAAGCCCUGCAGUACAUGGAUGAGAAGGUCUCAUAUCCUGGUGCAGGAAAUCAGAAGGAGGGUCGGUCAAAAUCAAUCCUACGUGAUGUAUUUAUUGCACAUGUGCCGGUUAAGAAUGGGAACUUCCGACAAAAAUGUAUAUACACUAGCGUAAUGUUAAGGCGCAUGAUGGAUGCAAUCUUGAAUGCUGACACAUUUGAUGAUAAGGAUUAUGUAGGAAAUAAGAGGCUGGAGUUGUCUGGUCAACUAAUAUCCCUGCUUUUUGAGGAUUUGUUCAAAACAAUGAAUUCCCAAGCUGUAGAGCUCAUGAACAAAAAUAGUGAAAAGACUCGUUCUAGUGCUUCAGAUUUUAGCCAGUUGAUAAAGCAUGAAGCCAUAACCUCUGGUUUGGAGAGGGCUAUCUCUACAGGAAACUGGGAUAUCAAAAGGUUUCGGAUGCAUAGGAAAGGUGUAUCACAGGUUCUUUCUAGGCUAUCGUACAUGGCAUCGUUAGGCUACAUGACACGGAUAACACCGCAGUUUGAGAAGACUAGGAAAACAAGUGGGCCACGUGCUUUGCAACCUAGUCAGUGGGGCAUGCUUUGCCCAUGCGAUACUCCUGAAGGAGAAGCUUGUGGAUUAACAAAAAAUCUAGCUCUGUUAACUCAUGUGACAACAGAUCAAGAGGAAGGCCCGCUGAUGAAUCUGUGUAAGAGUCUUGGCGUGGAAGAUUUAACGCUUCUGUCUGGAGAAGAAAUACACGCACCCGGUUCAUUUUUGGUGAUGUUCAAUGGAUUAAUACUGGGGAAACAUAGGCAGCCUCAGACAUUUGCUAAUGCCAUGAGAGAGUUGCGUCGAUCAGGCAAAAUUGGAGAGUUUGUAAGCAUUUUUGUAAAUGAGAAACAGCAUUGCAUUCACAUUGCCUCUGAUGGUGGUCGUGUAUGCCGGCCACUUAUAAUUGCUGAUAAGGGGAUAUCAAGGGUCAAAGAGUGUCAUAUGAAAGAACUGAGGGAUGGUAUUCGUUCUUUCGAUGAUUUUCUGCGUGAUGGAUUGAUCGAAUAUCUUGAUGUCAACGAAGAGAACAAUGCGUUGAUUGCAUUGUAUGAACAUGUGGAUCAAGAUGAUGUUGAAAGAAGCAGCAUAACACAUAUUGAAAUAGAGCCAUUGUCUAUCUUAGGAGUUGUAUCCGGACUUAUUCCUUAUCCACACCAUAACCAAUCUCCACGUAAUACUUAUCAGUGUGCGAUGGGUAAGCAAGCUAUGGGAAAUAUUGCAUAUAAUCAGUUGUUCAGGGCAGAUUCGCUACUCUACUUACUGGUGUACGCACAACGUCCACUGCUAACAACAAAAACAAUUGAGUUGGUGGGAUACGACAAGCUUGGUGCUGGGCAGAAUGCCACUGUUGCUGUCAUGGGUUAUAGUGGAUAUGAUAUUGAAGAUGCAAUUGUAAUGAAUAAAUCAUCCCUUGAUCGAGGUUUCGGUCGUUGCAUAGCAAUGAAAAAGUAUACAGUUAUGAAGGAGAACUAUGGAGAUGGUGUCUCUGACAGGAUUGUUAAACCUCAAAGAGAUAAAGAUGGUGUUUCGGUAAAACAGAAUAUGCGGGCACUUGAUGAGGACGGUAUUGCUGCACCUGGCCAAAUAAUUCGCAAUCAUGAUGUCUAUGUGAACAAGCAAAGUCCCAAAUAUUUAGAUAGAAGAGGUGCUGGUGCACUGUUAAAAGACAUGGACUACAAGGACUCACCAGCCAUUUACAAAGGUGUUGAUGGUGAGACUACUGUUGUAGAUCGUGUAAUGCUUUGUUCAGAUACAAAUGAGAAACUGUCUAUUAAGUGCAUUAUCCGCCACACAAGGAGGCCAGAGGUUGGUGAUAAAUUUAGUAGCAGACAUGGGCAGAAAGGUGUUUGUGGUACCAUUGUUCAGCAGGAGGACUUCCCCUUCUCUGAGAGGGGAAUAUGCCCUGAUUUAAUUAUGAAUCCACAUGGAUUCCCUAGUCGAAUGACUAUAGGUAAAAUGAUUGAACUUAUUGGUGGAAAGGCUGGUUUGUCUUGUGGUCGAUUCCAUUAUGGCAGUGCAUUUGGUGAACCAAGUGGUAAUGCUGAUAAAGUUGAAGACAUAAGCAAUACUCUAAUCAAGCAUGGCUUCAGCUAUAACGGAAAAGAUUUCUUGUACUCAGGUAUUCUAGGUCAUCCUCUGGAGGCAUACAUCUUCAUGGGUCCAAUCUACUAUCAGAAACUGAAGCACAUGGUUCUUGAUAAGAUGCAUGCUCGAGCUAGUGGACCACGAGUGUUGUUGACCAGGCAGCCUACUGAAGGGCGAAGUCGCGACGGAGGUCUCCGUCUUGGUGAAAUGGAGCGUGAUUGUUUGAUUGCGUAUGGUGCUAGCAUGCUGAUCUUUGAACGUCUACUACUAUCUAGUGAUCCAUAUCAAGUCCAGGUUUGCAGAAAAUGUGGCUUGUUGGGGUACUACAACUAUAAACUGAAGACCUCGUACUGUUCAAUGUGCAAGAACGGGGAAAACAUGGCCAAGAUGAGGCUGCCAUAUGCCUGCAAGCUUUUGUUCCAGGAAUUGCAAUCAAUGAAUGUCGUUCCACGAUUAAAGCUGACCGAAGGAUAACUCAAGAUUGUGAACCGAUGGCUGGUUUAAGGAUCUGAUUGUAAAGCUGGGUAGUUAAAGGCUUGAUUUGAUGUCCAUUCUCUUGGCGGAGUGGAUUGCUGCAGCGUGCAAAGUAAGAUUUCGCGGCAACAAGGCAAAGCUGCAUAAUGCACCCUUGUGCUUUGAUUAUCAGGAGCAUGCAAGGCUCUAGGGAUUGCUCUUGUCUGGUAUAUUCAUAAUAUAUGUGACGUGUCAAUCCAUAUUGUAAAGCGAAAAACGUGAGGCCGGAGAAUAUAUCAAUUAGCAUCACUACAUGAACACUGUACACUAGUGGACAUUACUUGCCUUUGCCUUUGUAUUGCAACUGUCUUGUAUAUAUGCUUGGGCCUGGCCACGGGAUGAUGUUAAUGUCA